GUUGCGCGUCUCUCCUUCCGAACUUACACAAAACAACGGUUGCAUUUUUUUGUUUUCGUGCCUUUUGGGAAAGGCUGGAAGCAUGUCUUCGGUCCUCGACCUCCUGGACUCGCCAGAACAAAUCAGCGGGAAUAGUACUGCAAUAGCCGAGGUGCAGGAGAGCAGCAUCCUGACGGAAAAAUUGCACCAAUAUCGGCUAUUGAUCCUCAUUCUGAUCUGCUCCAACAUGUGCACCGUGAUCCUGUCGAGUUUGAUCAUUCUUUUGCUCGUCCUGAGAAAGAAGAGGAACAAGUCCAUUCUGCAAAACACCAACGAGGCCCAGGAAAUGUCCGUUAUCGCCGACAACCACGGUGACGUCGGCCCCGCGGAAGUGCCGCUGUACGAGGAAGUAAAAUACGACCAGGCCGCUGCCAGGCCCCUUUCUGCUGGUCUCUACGAGAAGCCAAUACGUCUCAGCCCGCGAUCGGCGAAGAAAGUAAAAGCGAUGCCUGAGAGGCAGAGGACUUUCGAGAAAUUCGGAGAGGCACCUCGUGCUCCAGUUCAGUUCGAGUACGACUACGUCCGCACUGUUGAACCGGAACAUCUGUACGAUGACGUUGCACCGGAAACUUCCACGACACCACGUUGCAAAGACGCUGCUUCCGAGUCUGCGCAAUACCUGAAACUCUUGCCUUGAGCACAAUUAUAUUGGAUCUCUUUUGUAAAGCAUAAUAUAAAUAAUUGAAUUUAUUUUGUGCUUCAUAGACGCAUGUACCAUUAACAUGUAUCGUAAUAAUUUUUUGGAAAAAUUAAAAAUUAUUCCUUGAUUUUAUGUUUGCAAUCAAUCCGUAUUUUUCAAAUUUAAUAGAUGUAA